AUGGAAGAUGAGGCUGUACUGGACAGAGGAGCCUCCUUCAUCAAACAUGUCUGUGAUGAAGAGGAAGUAGAGGGUCACCAUACGGUUUAUAUUGGGGUCCACGUCCCAAAGAGCUACCGCAGAAGGAGGCGCCAUCGGAGACGAACAGGGACAAAGGAGAAGAGCAAAGAGCGGGAAAGGUCAGCCGAGGCCUCUGAUCGCUCAGACAAUGAGAACAAUGAUGACCAGACGAACGGGAGUCUCUUCAAACCACUCAUCUCACCAGCUGCUGAGAGGAUUCGCUUCAUGCUGGGGGAAGAUGAUGAAAGUCCAGCCCCACAACUCUUCACGGAAUUGGAUGAACUCCUGGCUGUUGAUGGACAGGAGAUGGAGUGGAAGGAGACAGCCAGGUGGAUCAAAUUUGAAGAGAAGGUUGAAGAAGGGGGUGAGCGAUGGAGCAAACCUCAUGUGGCCACGCUGUCCUUGCACAGUUUAUUUGAACUACGGACAUGUAUAGAGAAGGGACUGGUCCUGCUGGAUCUGGCAGCCUCUACACUCCCACAGAUUAUUGAGACGGUCAUCGAUAACCAAAUUGCUCAUGGGCUUUUAAAGGCUGAACUGAAGGAGAAAGUGACCUACACUCUGUUGCGCAAACAUCGGCACCAGACCAAGAAAUCCAACCUCCGCUCGCUGGCUGAAAUCGGGAAGACAGUGUCGAGUGCAAGCAGCCCCGGAUUAACCCAUCGGAACCUGACUUCAGGAAGCAUGAACGAUAUCUCGGACAAACCAGACAAGGACCAGCUGUUUCAUGACAUUGCCUACAAGGCGAAGGAUAAUGCCGAUCUCCUGGCCGGAAUUGACGAGUUCCUGGACGAGGUGAUUGUCCUUCCUCCUGGAGAGUGGGAUCCUGAGAUCAGAAUAGAACCUCCAAAGUCACUGCCUUCAUCUGACAAAAGAAAGAACAUGUUUGCCGGAGGGGAAGCUAUUCAGAUGAACGGAGACAUGCUUCAUGAUGGGGGACACGGAGGUGGUGGACAUGAAAUCCCAGAUGAACUGAAGAAAACUGGAAGGUUGUUUGGUGGUUUUGUGGCUGAUAUCAAAAGGAAGAUCCCAUGGUUUGCCAGCGAUUUUUAUGACGCACUGAGCAUCCAGUCACUUUCUGCCAUUCUGUUUAUCUAUCUGGGGACUGUGACCAAUGCCAUCACCUUUGGAGGUCUCCUUGGGGAUGCUACUGACAAUAUGCAGGGUGUACUGGAGAGUUUCCUGGGCACAGCAGUUAGUGGAGCUGUCUUCUGCCUUUUCGCUGGGCAACCACUCACCAUCCUGAGCAGCACAGGCCCAGUUCUAGUCUUUGAACGUCUCCUCUACAGCUUUAGCAAAGACAAUGGUUUUGACUACCUUGAGUUCCGCCUGUGGAUUGGUUUGUGGUCAUCCUUCCUUUGUCUGAUUCUUGUUGCUACUGAUGCAAGUUUCCUGGUGCGUUACUUCACUCGCUUCACUGAGGAAGGCUUCUCGUCGCUCAUCAGCUUCAUCUUUAUCUAUGAUGCCUUCAAGAAGAUGAUCAAGCUGUCUCACCACUACGCAAUUAACACAGACUUCAAAGAGGACUAUGUCACUCUGUUUGGAUGUGCAUGCCUCCCACCUGACCAAGGUGCUAAUUCAAGCCUUCAUUGGAAUGACACUGACUCAGCAAAUUCAACCAUCAUCACUAUGGUCAAUAGUAGCAUUGCAGAGAACAUGAGCCUCGAUUGGUCGUUGCUGUCGAAGACAGAUUGCCUGAAGUAUGGUGGGACGGUGGUUGGUACAAGUUGUGGCUUCGUCCCCGAUGUCACCUUGAUGUCAUUCAUCCUCUUCCUCGGCACUUACUCCUGCUCAAUGACACUGAAGAACUUCAAAACCAGCCCGUAUUUCCCCACCACGAUUCGGAAACUGAUAAGUGACUUUGCCAUCAUCAUUGCCAUUCUGUUGUUCUGUGGACUUGACGCUCUGGUUGGAGUUGAUACACCAAAGCUUAUAGUGCCAAGCGAGUUCAAGCCGACCAGUCCAAACCGUGGCUGGGUUGUACCACCCUUUGGCGGUAACCCUUGGUGGGUAUGCCUAGCGUCUGGGCUCCCAGCUCUGCUCAUCACCAUCCUGAUCUUCAUGGACCAACAAGUUACUGCAGUGAUCGUCAACAGGAAGGAGCACAAACUCAAGAAAGGAGCUGGUUAUCACCUUGAUCUCUUCUGGGUGGCUAUCCUGAUGGCACUUUGCUCGGUGAUGGGGUUACCGUGGUAUGUAGCAGCCACUGUGAUCUCCAUCGCACACAUCGACAGCUUGAAGAUGGAGACAGAGACAUCUGCCCCGGGAGAACUUCCCAAAUUUCUGGGUGUCAGGGAGCAGCGUGUGACUGGGACGAUAGUCUUCAUUCUAACUGGUGUAUCCGUCUUCAUAGCUCCCAUACUAAAGUACAUCCCAAUGCCAGUACUUUAUGGAGUUUUCCUGUACAUGGGAGUAGCUUCUCUCAAAGGUGUGCAGUUCAUGGACCGAUUGAAGUUGGUACUGAUGCCAACCAAACACCAGCCAGACUUCAUUUACCUGCGCCAUGUGCCCCUGCGCAGAAUUCACCUCUUCACCUUCAUCCAGGUGCUCUGUCUUGCUCUGCUCUGGAUCCUCAAAUCAACUGUGGCAGCCAUCAUUUUCCCAGUCAUGAUCCUAGCACUUGUCGCCGUUCGAAAAGCUAUGGACUACAUCUUCUCCCAGCAUGACCUCAGUUUCCUGGAUGAUGUAAUUCCAGAAAAGGACAAGAAAAAGAAGGAGGAUGACAAGAAGAAGAAAAAGAAGCAGAGUAUGGACAGCGAUAACGAAGAUUUUGAUUACCCAUAUUCAGAAAAAGUUCCUGCUAUUAAUAUUUCAAUGGAUAUGAUGGAACAAGAACCCUUCCUAAGCAGAGAAAAGCCCCCGAUGUUCCUUGAACGACAUACUUCAUGCUGAUCCAAUUUCUUUUCUUCAGCCAGUCACUAUGCCAAGCCCUCCAACCAUUCCAGCAAGAAACGUGCCUCAAAUAAGAAUAGAGCUUGAUCCAGACUCUGACCCAGGCUCCACGUGGAGAGGCAGGGGGUCUGAAACAGCACUGUAACUCUC